AUGGAGUCAGCCGCAGAUUUUCCACCGUUCCAGCAACGGUUAACGUCCAGUCUGGUGCAGAUGACGCGCACCGUUGGACAGCUCUCUGCAGAGGAUCUGAGUUUCCACCGGACUUCGAGCGCCGAAGUCUCGGAAUCCCUGGAUGAGCAGAGUGAUAGGAUUUUGUCGUUGACCUCGACGAUCCUCAAGGCUGCCACAGCCGGGACAGAUUUGCCCGCACCUGAGCUGCACGAUGAAGACUCUGUCGAAGACAACUGGCGGGGUGUUGUUGAUGUUAUCGAUGCGCUGCUAGAGAGGGCAGACGCCUGUCUCGACGAAUUUACGGGAGUCAUCAAGAAAUUGAGCCCGUCACAGCAGGAGCAGAGCGCAGCAAAAGCCGCCAAAAAGGCUUCCACCAAGUUCCCUUCCGUUUACGAUUUCGGCCCGUCGAAGAUCCCCAAGCCGCAAUUGUUGUUUCAGCGGCCUCCCGAUAACACCGAUGUUUCGCCUUUCAAACCCCUUCUUCGAAUCAAGCCUCACGCGAUUGUUCCGUUAGAGGAUUCGUUGAAGUUGACAGAUCCUGCGCAAGAUUAUAAGAAUCCGUACGAAACGGAGAUCCGCGCUGCCAAGUAUCCGGAAUCGACCUAUACCGUCUCUCCUCCGGUCGAGUACCAGCCGUUUGAGUCGACAGCUGCGACUUUCGUGGACACCUUGGAAGGAGUGAAGGAAAUGUUGAGCGAGCUCAAGUCGGCAAAAGAGAUUGCUAUUGAUUUGGAGCAUCACGAUGUGCACUCGUAUCAUGGCUUGGUGUCUCUGAUGCAGAUCAGCACUCGGGACAAGGAUUGGGUUGUUGACACGCUAAAACCUUGGAGAGAAGAGCUCCAGAUUCUCAAUGAGGUAUUUGCGGAUCCUGGGAUUCUCAAAGUCCUCCAUGGCUCGUCCAUGGAUAUCAUCUGGCUUCAGCGGGAUCUUGGCCUCUACGUUGUGGGCAUGUUUGAUACCUACCACGCCGCCUGUGCCUUGAACUACCCGAAACGGAGCUUGAAGUUCCUCCUUCAGAAGUUUGUCAACUUCGAAGCCGACAAGAGAUAUCAGAUGGCCGACUGGAGAAUCCGUCCUCUUCCGUCGGGAAUGUUUGACUAUGCCCGUUCCGAUACUCACUACCUCCUCUAUAUUUACGACCACCUACGUAACGAGCUGUUGGAGAACUCGACGCCUGACCACAAUCUCGUUGAUUAUGUACUGGAACAGUCAAAGAACGAAGCUUUACAACGUUACGAGCGCCCCGUUUACGACGCUGCCACGGGACAAGGGCAAGGCGGAUGGUAUGACUAUCUGUGCCGCAACCCUGCCGUUCUGAGCAAGGAACAGUUUGCCGUCUUCAAAGCAGUGCACCAAUGGCGCGAUGAGGUGGCAAGGGAAGAGGACGAGGGCGUUCAGUGCGUGUUCCCAAAGCACAUUCUUUUCAAGAUUGCCCAAGUCAUGCCCCUCGACCAGGGUACUUUGUUCCGGACAUUAUCUCCCGUGACGCCGAUCGCCAAGGAGCGAACAGCGGAUCUCCUGGAAGUUAUCAAGAAGGCGAAGAUUGAAGGAGCUACGGGACCAGAAUGGCGCGACGUCGUACGGCCAUUGAAAAUAACAGCAGCUCAAGCCGCAGAAAAGGGUCUCCCGUCGCCCCCCGCCGCCGAGGCGACUGAGUACCCUAUUGCAGCGCGCUACAAGUCUUCUCAAUUCUGGGGACCUGUCUUGGAAGUCCGGGAGCCGCUUACGCCCCCAGAGUAUUCUGCAAUCGCGUCUGCUGAGGCUCUUCGACUUUCUCUUCCCCUGCCGCCCAUGCCACGGACUGUAUCCGAAGCUCGCGAGAAGCUUGGCGAUACCAAACCAGUGCCGAAGCCUGCCGCAGCCCCUGCUCCAGCGCCAGAGGAAGACAGCAAAAAGAUAUUCACAGUCAAGGAGCUCGGCGGACCUCGCAAACGCAAAGCAGCAGCAGCCGAAGAAGCCGAAGCUGCGCCAUCGGCUGAGUUGGACGAGAUUAACCUGGAAACUGGAGAUGCCUUGGAGAAGCCGUCCAAGAAGCAGCGCCAGAAGAACAAGAAGAACAAGUCGCAAUCACAGACCGAAGGCGAUGCGCAAGACGAUGUACCGUUCAACUAUGAAGCUGCCGAGUCGGUAUUACACGCUCAGCCUGCGCAGGCAGCACCCAGCCGUGUCUCUAAGCGAUUCGCCCCAUACGCAAAGGCAAUGGAGGCGCCUGCAGGAGCCCGUAAGCACAAGAGAGAGAUCGCAGGGAAGCAGUUUACAUUCCGGUGA